CCUCCCUCCCGACAUGACACAACUGCCUAGAGAUGUAUCGCCCAAAAAACACGGCUGAGCGACGUCAGUCAGUGUCGGGCGGCGACAGGCUUGACGACGACUGGGCUGCGCCGCUGAGGUUGUGCAUCACCUUGCUGGUGCGACGCAGUCCCGACUGUUGCCGACCUGCAGAUGAAGGGAACAAAGGGACGAGGGAGGGACACAGACAAGCAAUGUCGAGACACGGUGAUUGCUGCAUGUCUCCUGCUCACCUUCACUGCUGGCAGUGCUGAGGCUGCUGCGGGUGCUGCUGAAGGUAAGGCCUGACACACACAUUCAGAAGACACACACGGAAAGGACAUGCGCACGUGAGCCACUCAUUCAGCAGCCAACCAGUCAACGUCUCUCUCUCUUGGCAUUCAAAGCUCAUUCACUCUGCAUGGUUGGGCUUCGGUUCAGGCCUUCCGACACGACGGGCUCGUUGUCGUGCUCCAUACCCAUCAUAGAAAAGCUUGACGGUCCGUCCCGGUCGGCGACUGCCCCGAAGCCUGCACCAAAGGGAUACACGUGCAUGUCGACUGCUCACAGCUUACUCAUUUCGCACUCACCAGACGCCACAAUGGGCUCUUGCUGCUGCACCAGAAGCGGACUGUCAUCUGCACAGAUCCAUCCGCAGGAGAAGCGUAUCUAAUGUGAGGACAGUGCCCGUGUCUCAUAGCCUACCGCUGCCGCCAUGAACCUCGCUCUGAAUCUCGCUCGAACCACCGCCAGCAGCUUCACCAGCAGCAGCUUCAGCAGCAGCUUCAGCAGCAGCAGCUUUCUCAGCAGCAGCAACGCCAGCAUUCACUGCCGACAGCACCUGUGAGACACACGGUAUCCAUCUCAUUAGCCAUGACGGAUGUGAUGACUGUGGAAGGGCACCUUUGCCAGCAGGGACCCCAUUGCUGUUUUAUCUUUAGCAGCAGCUUUGAAAAAGCGCGGCAGCAUGUUCCUGGGCACGCCAUUCCCCUUCCACCCAUCGGGGUUCACCCAACCAGAACUCUGACCACUUGAUGACGAGGGCGGCGUCCAGAAACACGACACUGCACAGAAAUGAGAGCAUCCUUGCGGCAAGUGACGAUGGACCUUUUGGUGUCUCGUCUUACAGGCCACUCCAGCCAGUUUGUCGAUGGCGUUGUGGACCGCCCUCGACCUGGACUUGUACCGGCGAGCUGAUGGGUGUUGAGACAAACACAGCAAUCAAUCCAUCAGACAUGCCAGCUGUCUGCCUUUGUCUGUGUGUGUCUCUCGCUCACCCUUCCGUCUCAGGUACACUAUGAAACGCUGUAGACAAAGAGACAGACAGACAGACAGACAGACGAGUGUGUGUUUGGGUGUUUGCCUGUGUGUGUCUCACCACUUGCUCCUUGAGGUACUCCUUGUCCUUUUGAAGUUUGGCCACCUCGGCCUUCUCGGCUUGCUGCACGUGACGCGAUGCACAAACAGACCGUAUGUAACACUUUCGCCGCCCACAAAGCCCCCGAGCUGUGCGUAUGUACCAAUUCUUGUUCUGUGCCGCUAUCCGCCGUUCCCUGGAGGGUCUCGUGCCCCGUGGAGUUGGCUGCAUUUCGCAGAUGGACAGGCACGCACACAAGACAGACAGACAGAGAAAUGCAGCGCACCCAUCAGCCACUCAUUAAUUGUGGCGUACGGUCGGUCGUCCCAACAUCCUCUCGGCUCUCAACCGGGUCGGCCUCGGGCAGCUCGUCAGCUGAAGCAAGGACCAGACAGAAAGACACCGUGGGAGACCCUUCUUGCCUCUUCCGUUCACUCACGUGCGUCCUUACCCCGGCCCUCUCGCGUCUUCGGCUGUCCAUCUGAAAGGCAGGCACAGCGGCACCCACAGCCAAUCAAGCGACCACCGGUGAGUGCUGUGCCCCCUCCCCACCUCUGGUGCCAUUUCGCUCACCAGUGGUGCUUCUCGGACGCGGACUCACCACAUCAGUUUCUGGAAUCCAGGCUUCCACAAAAAGCUGGAUUCCAGCCCAGCACGCGAACGCGACGGAGGGGAAGCAGAGAAUCACUUGGGCGGCGACAAUUGCCUCAGCAACCGGCAUUUUGGAUUUG